AUGGCAGACAAUCAACCCUCCAUACCAAAUCACCUGGAGCCGUCCGAGCUAGGCACCAAGGAAUACUGGGACAACCUCUACAAGCGCGAGAUCGUGAACAACGCCUCCGACCCCAACGACCGCGGCACGGUCUGGUUCGACGACUCGGACGCCGAGGCAAAGCUGCUCCAGUUCCUCGAGGACCUGGAGGAGGGCACAACAACCGCAGCAGCGGACGGGGACGGGAUCGGCGGGGGAGCAUCCCAUGAGCCGGUGGCCCUGGACAAGCACUCGACGUCCUUCCUCGACCUCGGCUGCGGCAACGGGUCGCUGCUCUUUGCGCUGCGCGAGGAGGGCUGGCGCGGGCGCUGCCUGGGCGUGGACUACAGCGGGGAGAGCGUGGCGCUGGCGCGGCAGAUCGCCGGGUCCGGGGCGGUGGCGGGCGACGAGGAGGUCGAGUUUGCCGAGUGGGACGUGCUGCGGGGCGGCUACGGCGCCGUGCUGCUCGGGGCGCAGGCCCGGGGGUGGGACGUCGUGCACGACAAGGGCACCUUUGACGCCGUGUCGCUGAGCGACGAGGCCGACGCGCGCGGGCGCAGGGUCAGCGAGGGGUACAAGGGGCGCGUGCUGCGGCUCGUACGGCCCGGCGGCCUGUUCCUCGUCACCAGCUGCAACUGGACCGAGGCGGAGCUCGAGGGGUGGUUCGGCGAGGGCAGCGCCGGCGUCGAGGGCGGCGCGAGGUUCGUGAGGGUCGGCCGGGUCGAGUACCCGAGCUUCAGCUUUGGUGGGGUCAAGGGGCAGACCAUCAGCACGCUGUGCUUCCAGAGGAGAUGA